AUGAAAUCUAUCACUUUAUUCUUUAUCGCUUUGUUCAUUAUUUCUUGUUUACCUUCUAUUCGUUCUCAAGGUCCACCAGAUACACCACCUCUUACUACGGACCCUGCUGCCAAUCCAGCUCCUACAAAUUCUGACCCUGCUACCAAUCCAACUCCUAUAAAUUCUGACACUGCUGUUACUGGUACACCAGCAUCACCAACGGUAUCGGGUACGGGAUCAACUACGGGAACGACUCCUGGAACGAAUCCUAAUAAUACGACUCCUAAUACGGGUUCCGCUUUGAAAGAUGAAAUGUUAAAUGUCGCGGCUGCUGGUUUGGUUGCAGCUGUAGUUGCUUUUUUCUAA